AUGCCUCCAAGAAGAUCAGCGGGAAGCCAAAGUGCUCGGGAAAAUGAUAUUCCAACUAACGCUGAGUUGGCUCAGGCUGUGAGACAGCUAGCUCAGUUGACUCAGGCAAUUGGAGAUAGAAUGCUCCAAAAUCCUCAAGGGAAUGGAAAUGGGAACGAUAUGGCUAAGUUAGUGGCUGGGCGAAACCCUCCCAUUUUCUUAGGGCAAGAAGAUCCAUUGGUGCUGGAAGAAUGGAUGCGAGUGUUCGACAAGCUGUUCGAUGCUCUCAACUGUCCUGCUGAACGGCAUGUGGAUAUUGCUGUUUACUAUCUUCAGCAGCGAGCUGACAUCUGGUGGGCUGUAGCUGGUCCAACCCUACGUCAAUCGCCAACUUUUGGAUGGGAAGCUUUCAAGGAUGCUCUGAGGGAGAAAUUUUACCCUGAGCAUGAGUACUACACCGAUUUUCUCGAUCUGUCGAGAUUUGCACCGGCUUUGGUCCCUGAUGAGCGAAGCAAAGCGAGUAAGUUCAUCCGAGGACUCAACUUUGAGACUCAGAAGGGUCUGAGUAUGUUCAGAUGCCAGACUCUGGACGAGGCAUAUAGCAGAGCUGCUAGCCAUUGUCAGGUUCAGCAAUUCCAGAGAGAGGUCGCUGGAAAAGGAAAGAGAAAGAGUGAAGAAGAUCGUCAGCAAGGUGAGAAGAGGCCUAAAUUUCCUCAUCCAGGCCAGAACCACAACUAUCAAGGAAAAGGUGGACCAAGGAAUCAUAAUGGUCACCAGGUUCAGAGGAACCAGAGGGCUGAAAGGCACUACAACUGCAAGAGAUGUAACAAGGAUCACCCUGGAGUGGAUUGCCAAGGGAAUGUUGUCAAGUGCUUCAAUUGCAAUAGGAUGGGGCAUCGUGCAUUUGAGUGCUAUGCCAAGAAGAACGGAAAUCCUUCAUGGCAAAACCAGAACAAGAAUGGAGGAAACAAAAAUCCUUCAUGGCAAAACCAGAACAAGAAUGGAGGAAACAACGGAAAGAACCUAGGAGGAGGAAACCAGAAUAACCGGAAUGGCAAUAGGAAUGGCAGUGAUAACAAGGCCUAG